AUGGAGUCGCCGCAGCUUCUGCUGCACCCACCAAUCAAGGCUCCUUAUCCGGACGAACGGCUCUUGCCACGUGGCAUCACCGAAGCGGCCGUUAUCAGUAUCGACCAAUCUCCGCAGGCGGACCUUGCGCGGGUAAGCCAAGGCGAACUGUCUGGCCUCCCCGUGCUAGCCUCGUUCCGCGCGGAAGACUGGGACCUGGAGCAGGGGGAACCGCGCGAGGCGCAGGGCGCAAGCGCGGAAAUACCCGCGGGGGAUCGGUCCGGCGCGGUAGCAGGCGUCGGCGAUACAGGCAGCCUUGGGAUUGACGCGCUUUCAGCAGCAGCGAGGGCAGGCUCAGAUGAUCCACGGGGGAGGGAGGAGGUUACCGAGGGAAACAGAGAGACGGGUCGCGAGAGGAGACAGGAGGCCGAUGUGGAGACUCUCGGGGCGAGUAGAGAACGAGGCGAUCACGAAGAGCGUUCGUCAAGUGAUGACGAAGGGAGCAGUUCAGGGGAGGACGACGUCGAGCUAAGCCAUUCCGACUCCGACACCACAGACCCCUCGUGCACCUCAGACCCACCCUCCACAUGCUCCUCCGCGGCCAUCAUAGCGUGUUUCGUGCACGGGGGCGAUCGGCCGCUGUGGCCCUUCUGCGUGGACGCGCGGCGGCUGUGGUGGUACUGGCGCGCGCUGCUGCUGCUGGUGGUGGCGCUGGUGCUGUACGGCGCGUCGCUGGGCAUGGCGUGGCUGGGCAAGAUCGGGGACGCGCUGCUCGUGCCCUGCCCCGUCUGGCCCACCUCUGGCCUUGCGCUCUACGCCGUGCUCGUGAGCCUUGCCCUAUUCCUUCAACCCUAUGUGUUCGGCAUGGGCACAUGGCCGGGCAUAUUCCUGGGCGGUGCACUCCUCGUGUACACCGGGGCCGCAUGGCACCUCGCUGAACACCUCUCCACCCUGCAGAUCGCCCUCGCAUCCCUCACAAUCGCUGCCUUCCUCACAGCCUCCGUGCUCUGCCUCUCCUUCUUCCUCACACGCGUGCUGCACCGCCUACGCCCGCACGACCUCACCCCUCUAGACCGAGUCAAAGACAUCUUCCUCUUCGCACUCUUCUCCUUCCUGGUCUCUCUGCUCUUCGAAGGGGUCGUCGCGGUCGUAGUCAGCGCAUGGGAUGCUGACCUGGCGGGUGACAGCGUGGCAGUGGCGGCAGGGCUAAGAACGCUAGGGACGUUCACGGGGAUCAUGCUGACAGUGCCGCUGCUCCUGCAGAUCACCGCCUCCUGCCUGUGCUGCUGCGCCCGGCAGCCCAGCCAGGAGGGAAAGGAGGGGAAAGAGGGGCAGGAGGGGAAGCAGGGACAGGAGCGGGAGGAGGGGCAGGAAGAGGAGGAGGAACUGGGCGCUGUUGAAUCGCCUCGGUCCGAAGCAAAUUCCGUCUUUGCUUCUUCCACACGUCUCCAGCCGCCCCUGGGCGAGCAGCACGGGCGACGGCGCGUAAGCCUGAUGACAGGUGUAGGUGGGGGGAGAGAGGGUGUGGGGAGCGAGGCAGACUUGGAGUCGGUGGGAGAUACGGUAGGCAGCAGCGCAAGGCUCCACACCCCCCCCUCCUUCCGCACUCUGCCUUUCCCUUCCCACAUCCCCUCCCACCCCCCCCACUCCAACCCCAACUAUUUAUCCCUCCACCGCCCCAUCCAUUACCACCUGCAAAAACUCCUGAAAAACCCCCUGGUGGUCAGCAUCUGCAAAACCCUUGCCUCCCUGCGCUUCUGGGAGUUCAUCUUUCUGCUUCUGCUCAACGCUGCCACGGCUGGUCUCAUCUUCUCCACCCCUGCAGCCCCCACUACUUUCUCCACCACCACCACUGCUGUCCCUGCCGCCACUACUGCCACUGCCGCCCUCCCCUACCUUCUCUUCCCGGGGGUCCUCUGGGCGUGCAUUCGCUUCCACCGCAAGGGCUCGGGGCUCGUACUCGUUAUAGUCGUCCUCAUUGUGUGCUUCUGCACGGCGCAGGGGCGCGGGCCGUUGGUGAGGGACACGGCGAGUGGGACGGUGCUGCAGGUGCAGGUGCUGGUGCUGGUGCUGAGCUUGGGCGCUGUGCUGCUGGCGGCCGCUGUGAGAGACACCAGGCGCCUGCGAGAGGGGCUGAGGCAGCUCAACCUUUCUCUAGAAGGGGAGGUGGCGAGACGAACCGAGCAGAUGCAGGCAGUCAAUGAGGAUCUGAAGAGGUCAAAGGAGGAGUUGGAGGAGGCAGGGCGGGCAAAGACAGAAUUCCUCGCCAACAUGAGCCACGAGAUCCGCACGCCCAUCCACGGCAUCAUCGGCAUGACAGCACUGGCUCUAGACGCCCUCGAGUCACUCCACGACCCCCAUGACCCCCACGACCCGCACGACCUCGCCACACACCCUUCCUCUGACGCCCUCGCGCUGCGGAACGAUCUGACGGUGGAGCUGCACGAGCAUCUGACGGUGGUGGCACAAUCUGCCGACUGCCUGCUGAACAUCGCCAACACCGUUUUAGACCUGGCGAGGAUAGAGGCGGGGCAGCUGGCGCUGGAUAAAGUGCCCUUCGCCCUCAGGGAUGUUGUUGGCUCUACCAUGAGAAUGCUGCAGGUGCGGGCGGAGCAGAAGCAGCUGCUGUUCUCAUGGCAGGUGGCGGAGGGGGUGCCUCACACAUUGGUGGGGGACCCAGGCAGGCUGCAGCAGUGCAUCAUCAACCUGGGGCCGGAGGGAUCCUUAUCUGCUCGUCUCUCCGACCCCCUCCCCCAUUCCGUUGUUGCUAACCGCAGCAGUAACAACCACCCCAACACCAAUGCCAACGCCACGAACACUGACCGUAGGGCUAACACGAACAGCAGCACUUAUUCCAAUACUACCCCUGGCAUUAACACCAAUGUCUUUGUUCCCACGGAGGUUUCUCGUGCUCUCCGGCAGCGAAUGCUCGAGCAAGGGAAUGCAGGGGCAGGGAGCAACCUCCAUCCGCAGGUUGAUUCGGAGGCGGGGACUUGCAGGGAGAGAGGGCACGAGGCAGUCAGUGAUGGGAAGGAGCGAGUAGGCAAGGCGGGGAGGCACAGGCACAGGCACCGACAGGGGAACGGUCAUGCAGGGAGGAGCUCAGGGAGAGAGAGAGGGGAUUGGGGAGGAGGAGGAGGAGGAGGAGAAGCGGGGAGAGACGUGUCUUCUGGGCCAGAGGGGACGGCAGGUGGGCUGGGGAGAGAGGAGGUCAGUGGGGAAGGGAGCAGGAGGGAGGUGGGGAGGAGUGUGAGUGAAGUUCAAACAGAGCGGCCUCUGCUGGGCCCCAACUACCAGGAGAGGGGGGAUUCGAGCUCAGGGGGAGAGGAGCUGGUGGGCAGUGCAAUGAGAGCGAGGGGCAUGCAUCGAUCCACUUCUGAAGGCUCCCCUGGGGGUUCUGGGGUGGUAGUGUCUGCACGGAAGGGAGGGUCUGGGGUGCUGGGCUCUGCACUCAAGGGGGGAAUUGGUGCUGCUAGUGUUGGUGGUGCUGGCGGUAGUCCUGCUGCAGGUGGUGGUGGGUCUGGUGGGUCAGGGGGAAUGUCUAGAGGUAUUUCCCACAGUGCUUCACGAUCUGGGUCGAGGAGUGUGUCAAGAAAAGGGUCGAGAACCAACCUUGCUGUGUGGUUUGCUGAUGGUGCCAGUGGGGAUAGUGAGACAGAGAAACGCGCAGCGGCUGGGUUCUCUGCUGCAGCAGCACCUGAAAACUCACCUGAACCCGCACCUGAGGAAAUGGCCGGUGGGGCUGCCAGCGGUGUCGGUGUGAGGUCAGGGGACCGAGAAGGAGCAGGGGAGGGACGGGGAGACGGCGAGGGCAUGGGGAAUCCCGGGAGAAGAGGGAGUGGGGGUUCAGGAGCAUUCAAGUCCAGUGCAGAGCUGCAGUGGUCUGAUCUAGGCAGUACGUUUGUGAGGAGGGAGGGCGCAGAGGCAAGCAGCAAGGCGGCAGCAGGGAAGAAAGUCAGAAGCCCCCCUCUCUCCUCGAGGGUUCCUGAGGAUGCAAGCUUGGGAGGCCGAGGGGGGGAACGAAUGGGGUUUUCUCUUGGUACAGCAGCAGCAGGGGGGUCUCUGGCAUCGCCUGCACCAGUUGCAGCCUUCCCCCGGGCUGUUUCAGGGGGGUUCCCGGACAAGCCUGCGGCGAACAUUUUCAGCAUGGGAUCUCUGAAGAGUCAACCCAGCAACGCGUCUUCUGUCUUCAGCCGCAGCAGCAGCACCCGCUCCCGUGCCUUCCCCCCCGACUCUCUCGUCGCUGCUUCCGAGCCUGCUAUGUACCCCUCUGCCUUGGACUCGUCUUUGACUAUCCCUGCAUCUGACCCUGCGCUAAGAAGCCGGCUAGACCACACUUACGUAAGUGUCAGUGGGAGCGCUGGUGCGAGGGUAGGCAUGAGUGGGCGGAUGGGGGGGGAAGCGGCUGCACGGCCGAUCAGCAGAGGGGGGUUGGGGAGGAGCAGAAGGAGGAGGGGCAGCGGGUGGGAGGGCGAGAUGGUGGGAUCGAGCAUGGGCUCUGGCAUGUGGGGCAUGUUCAGCAGGAGAAUGGAUAGCGGUUGUGCGGAGAAGCAGGGGGAGAUUUUCCACAACUUCGUGCAGGCGGACACGUCGUACACACGGGACUACGGGGGAAUAGGGCUGGGCCUCAGCAUCGUGCAGAGCCUUUCCCCCUGCCCCUCCCUGCCUUUCCCUGCUCUUCCUCCGUGCCUCACCUGUUUCAUCACCAGCACCACCCCAUUGCGUCCUCCCCUGGCCCCACACAGUCUGGUGCACAUGAUGGGGGGAGAGGUGUGGGUGGAGAGCGAUCUAGGCAAGGGAUCCACAUUCUUCUUCACAGCCCGCCUCGACACCGCCCCUCCCGGCACCACCACCACUCCCGCACACCCCUCCCAGGCCUUCGACCCGUCUGCUCCUCCUUCUCUUGCCGCCUCCUCCUCUCUCUACGCCCUUUCUUCUGAACCCCCCCCCGGGUUUCCCCUGGCUGGAUACGGGGCUGAAAUCGCUCGGUUUGACUCGUCUGUGAGCAUGUCGGAUCACGUGGCUUUUAACGAGUACGUUUCGUUACAAGGAGGAGCCUCAGCAGAACACACGCCUGCUCGCUCGGUGUAUGCAUCAGCUCGAUCGGGACACACUACGGAGUUCGCCACUGCUCCUCAGUCCCCUCUAGACUCCUCCCCUGAAAGCCCCCCUCUCGUCCCUGCCUUGACUCCCUCGCACUACCCUAGUGCACACUACCCCAGUGCACACUACCCUAGUGCACACUACCCCAGCACCAGCCCUGCCAUCAUGCCUCUUCCUCUCUCCCUCUCCUCCGAUUCUACCCAAUCCGCACCCGCUUUUGCUGCUACUGCUGCUGCUACUGCUGCUGCUGCUGCUGCUGCUGCUGCUUCUGCUGCUGGGGCGAUUGCUCCUUCUCCGCUCCCUGCUGCUGCUCCUUCUGCUGCGUCUUCUCCAGCAAUCCACCAGUCAAACCACACUCCACCCCCGCGCACCCCUCGCUCACUUCUCCGCGUACAGACCCCCGCGCCCUUGCUCACAGCAGCAUCUCUUCCCGCUGCCACUGCCAGGGCAGGGGGGAGGGUGCGAGGAGAGGAGGGGGAGAGUGAUGAUGGUGGUGUGAGGAGUGGAGGGGAGAGUGGGCAAGGAAGUGCAGGCGGGAGGGGGGGGCUGUUCAUCCCUCCCUCGGUCACACUCCCUCCCACCCUCGCCAUUCCCAGCCCUCGCCCCUUCCCAACCUCCACUUCCGAAGGCCGGCCCCGUUCAGCACGUUCGGCGUACUUCUCAGGCCCGGUGCUAGGCUCGGGAGGAGCAUCGACAGCCACAGUGCGCCCGAGCCUGCAAACCAUCCCUGCGGAUGCGUCUUCUCCGAGCCUGCAUUCUCCGAAGCUGCUGUCACCAACGUGGUGGCAUUCCAAUAAGCUGCCAUCGCCCACAGGGAGCAGAGAGGGCGCAGCAGGGUCACAUGCUGCUGCUGCUCCCCCUGCUGGCUUUGCUGUUGCACCGCUCUCCACGUCCUCCCCCCGUGGCCGCCGCAUCUGGAGGGACCUAGAGGACCCCUCUCCCCGUGCUGCCGCUGCUUUUGCUGCUGCUCCCUUCUCCCCUCGCACGCCACGAGGGUGGGGGGUGGCCAGGGGAAAAGGGGUUACAGGCAGUGGUGGGUGGGGGGCGAGUGGAGGAGAAAGUGGGGGAGGCAGUGGGGGAGGCAGUGGGGGAGGCAGUGGGGAAGGCAGUGGGAGAGGCAGUGGGGGAGGCAGUUGGGGAGGCAGCUUGGGGGGGAGUGUGCCGGGGAUAAGGGUUGUUGAGGGGAGUGUACUAGUGCCUGGUAGUGGAGUUGUUUCGACAGUGAAGUCAGGACAAGGAGCACAAGGGGGAGCAAACAGGGAAGCUGAAGCAAGGGCUGGAGCAGGGGCAGCUGAGGCGAGAGAAACUGCAGAAGUAACUGUAACCAUGGCAGCUUCAGGUGGAACAGCAGGCGCAACAGAAGGUGCUGCCGCAAUUGGAGGAAGAGGAGAGGAGCUGGCAGAAGCAGAGGGCACAAGCACGCCCACACUCUCAGACACUUCUUCGAUCGAUUGGAAUAUCCCUCCCUCCCCAGCAGCAGUGGCAAGAGGCAAGUCAGUGGCGGCACGUUCAGCAGCAGCACGUGCAUUCUCCCGGGAUGUGAGCCUCUCAGGGGGGAUUGCCGGCUCACCUGGCUCCUCCCGCCGCCACCUCUCCCCUCCCCUCUCCAAACUCGCCUCUGAAUCCUCUCGCUCUCUCUUUUCUCCAAAUCUCGCCCGUCCUAGUGCCAUGUCCCCGGACCAGGCCGCGUCUCCCGAGCCUGCGCAACCAGGCUCGGCAGCGUCGGUCGGAGACAUGCAGCUGAUAGACGAUUGGGGCUUUCUCGCUCCCGGAACUGCCACUUCGGUUCGGGCUGCGAACGCAAACUUUUCUCCAGCUGCCCGACCGCUUGCUGCAGCGUUACCUGCCCGGCGGGGGCAUGCGAGUCACAUCAGCAUGGAUGAAAGGUCGACCACGAGUUUCCGGUCCUCUCGGCCCAGCUCUGGCAGCGUUGCCACUGGGAGCAGUGGGGAUGUCGAUGCUGCCGAUCUCGAUGCUCUCGCAUCUGCUCCUCCUGUCGCUUCUGCCUCUUCUCCUGCUGCUGGGAAUGUCAGGGUUGGAGUUGGUCUCAACACUUCGGCUGCUGCUGCUGCUGAUGCUGCCGUGCCACCUCACAGCCUUAUUGAUGCAGCACCAGCCAAUCCCGCAGGGACGGCGGUAGGCUUGGGAGAAAUGCCAGGCAUGGCUUGGGAUGAUUCCAGAACAGCUUCGGCUCUUCGAACCUCAGCCCCUGGCCUGGCAAGCAUGAGAGGCAGCAGGUCUGGAGGCAGCUACGAGCCUGCAGCAGCUGCGGCAGUGUCAGCCUUGGAAGUAGAGGAUCUCACCAGCAGCAGCUCUAGAAGAGGUGAUGUCAUGAUGACUGCUACAUCAGUCACAGGGUCUACUAGUGCAGGUGCUCUUGCUAGUGCGCUCUCUCUGCCGCUUCAUUCCUCCUCCCAGGCACGCCCCUCGGUGUCGCUUCAUUCCUCCUCCCAGGCACGCCCCUCGGUGUCGCUUGCCGUACCACAGCUACAGAGGAGCCCGUCCAACAAGGACCCUGCGCUCCCCUUGCCUCCUCCUGCUCGCAGACGCUCCCCGUCCCUCUCCGCUGUCCCCGAUGCCUCUGCUGCUGCUUCUUCUGCUGCCUCUGCUGCUGCUGCUGCUGCUGCUGCUGCUGCUGUUGCUGCUGUUGCUGCUCCUUCUUCUGCUCCCACUGCUUCUGCUACCACUACCACUGCUUCCUCUGGUGGGCACUAUCACCCGCUGCUGGGCCCUCUGCCUGAGCAGCAGGCGCCUGGUGCUGCUGAGAUUGUGUCUGACCCUCCCUUGCCAAGUCUCCUCCAAGGAACUCCCUUCCCGCUGCCUGGCCCCUCCGUUGCAACCCAGAAGGCACAGCAGCAGGCACACCAGCAGGCUCAGCAAUCGCAUAAGGCCAUCGCUACCUCAGCCCCGGCAGCUCAGCCAUCCACACGUAAACAUCAGCAAUUUGCUUCUCCACCCGCCAAGCUGGAGCUUCAGGGUGCUCCUCAGGUGCAUGCUGCAGCUGCAGCAGCAGCAGGAGAGGUGCGAUCGAGGCAGGGAGCUGAUGCUGUGGCUGGUGGGGGAGGGCCUGCUGACACAGUCAGGGCCAUGGGGUUACAAACUGGGAGCACGGGCAGGCAAGUGGAGCCUGGAAGGAUCAGCCUGGAAGGAUCAGACUCAGCUCGGGGGGCACUCUUACUGGCGGGGGUGCGAGUGCUGCUGGCAGAGGACAACAUGGUCAACCAGCGCGUGGCCAAGCACGCUCUCACCAAGGUGGGCGCGACGGUGGAGAUUGCUGGUAACGGACAGCUGGCGCUCACUGCCAUUGAGGAGCGGGCGGCGUCGUUCGACGUCAUUCUGAUGGAUAUUCAGAUGCCUGUUAUGGAUGGCUUGGAGGCAACAAAAAGAAUACGGCAAUUUGAAGCAGGUAAUGCUGUGCGCGGACACCGCCCGCGGAUGCGGUCCAUGGGACAAUUGGCGGAUCUGCUCCCUGCGGACAGAGGGGGAUUCGGGGGCGCAGGGGGCGGGGGUUUCGCGGGGGAUGGCGCAUCAGCUUUGGGGGAUGGAUUGGGGGUGGAUAGGCUUGAUCUGGAAGGGGAGCAAGGGGAAAGUGGCGGAGGUGGCGGAUGGGGAAGUAGCGUGGAGGCGGGUAGCGGCCAGGUGUAUUUAAGAUCCAAUACUGGUUCCGGGCAUGCAUUUUUUAGGUCGAACAGUGGCAGUGGUAACAGAAUGGACGGCCUUCCCCCUGUUGCGACGGCAAAGCCGCCGCGCGCGCUGCGGAGGGUCAGCAGCGAGUGGGGCGAGCGGGGCGGGGAGGGGGAAGAGGGAAGAAGGCUCAGCGCAGGGGCAGCGGGGGUGAUGGGCGGAGGAGGGGGGAUGGGCGGAGUGCUCAGAUCCGCCAGUGGGGGGAGUAAUGACAGAAGGCCUGUGGGGGGAGGUCCGGGAGGAGCGGGGUCAGGAGCGGGGAUGGGAGGAGGACUGGUGCGGGGAAGGGGACAGUACGGGUCAGUGGUGGAGAGGGGGGUGCGGCAUCAGCAUCACCGCACCAUGUCCCUUGAUAGCUCCGCGCUCAUGCAAGGCGGAAUGGCCGCCCGCGGGGGGGGCGCAGGGGCGGCGCUAGGAGCAGGGGGAGGCGCGGCAGGGGGAGCACCAGGGGGAAGGGUGGGCGGAGUGGGCGGAUUCGGGGCAGCAGCGGGGGCAGCAGGGAUGGGCGGAGUGGGGGGGGGGAUAGUGUCCCGGGCAGUAGCAGCAGUGGGACCGAGUCCGCGGACGCCUGAGGGGGAGGAUGAAGCGACGAGGGUGCUGGAGCGGGAGUGGCAGAUGGGGUGGGAGCAGGAGCGGGAGGAGGACGAAGGGGGUCUGCCUGGGCUUGUAGGGCCGGCUGGGGAGCAUGCAGUUGGCGGUGGGAGGGAGUAUUCUCCUCCGUACAGCGACAUCGCGGAGCAGUUUGAGGUGCGGCGCCACGAGGUGGUGGCCAUGGGCGAGUUCAGUGUCGUGCGCGUGUGCCGCGAGGUGGAGACGGGCGUCAUGCUGGCGUGCAAGACCAUCGAGAAGGAUUCUAUUCACUCAGCGGAGGAAGCGCGGGACCUGAGGAGGGAGGUGGAGAUGAUGGAGCGAGUGGCAGGGCACUGCAAUGUCGUGCGCCUUCACGCUGUCUUCGAGGACCACGAGGUAGUGGACUAUUGUCCGUCCCGGCAACAAACCACCAACAACCAACCCUCUCUCACGCCCAUCUGCGACAUCCUAUUCGACGUUGCUACUCCCAUCUUCUCUCUCCACUGCACCCCACCUUUCCCCACUCCUCUCCCCUCUACCAUCCUGGGCGGCCAGAAUAUUCAUCUCGUGAUGGAGCUCUGUCGAGGAGGAGGCCUCUUUGACUACAUGCGUACCAAUGGACCACUCACCGAGCGGGCGGCGGCGUCCAUCUGUUUCCAGCUGCUGUCGGCAUUGGAUCACUGCCACGCGUGCGGUGUGCUGCAUCGUGAUGUGAAGCCGGAGAACGUGCUUCUAGCGAGGGCUGAGGGGGACUUUGGCAGCAUCAAGCUCAUCGAUUUUGGGAUUGCCGCUGAGCACCAACCAGGUAACUAG